AGGGGUUUUCCCGGGAGAAGGGGCUUUUUCCGAGAGAAAGAGCUGCCGCCGCCGAGUGCUUAGACUCCAGGCAGCGGCCGGCUCCGCUCGCCCCGCUCGGAAAGUAACGUUAUUUAUUUAUUUGCUUGCGUUCAGCCUCUUGGGUUGGACCCAAUAGACACCCCCUUGGACUUCGGGAGCCCGCCUCCGACCUCUCCAGCCUCCACCCUGCUCGUGCAGGCGGCUCCCCGGAAUACACGCACAUGCACCCCCGGCACCCCCUCCCCGCGCCCCGACCCGGGCAGGGGGUGGGCCCUCACCCGGGCGCUAAAAAGUCCCCCUAGGCGGGAGCAGGGGAGGGCAGAGGGGCGGGGAGGCUCCAGCACUCUCCGCUCUCGUUUCAAAGCGCGCUCUCCCUUCCAGGUUGGGUCGGACCUGAACCUCUAAAAGCGGAACCGCCUCCCGCCCUCUAGCCAGCAGCCCGCUCGGAGCUGAGUCGCCGGCGGCGGUAGCGGCGGACGGACCGGGGAGUUUCCUCUCGCAUUGGAUGGAGCUGAACUUCGGGCGGCCAGAGCAGCGCGGCCGUCCGGGAAUCGCUGCGUGCUGAGCUCCCUCGGCGAGACCCAGCGGCAGCUCUGGAUUUUCGGGGGGGCGGGGACCAGCUGCGCGCCGGCACCAUGUUCUUGGCGACCCUGUACUUCGUACUGCCGCUUCUGGACGUGCUCCUGUCGGCCGAGGUCAGCGGCGGGGACCGCCUGGACUGCGUGAAAGCCAGCGAUCAGUGCUUGAAAGAGCAGAGCUGCAGCACCAAGUACCGCACGCUCAGGCAGUGCGUGGCGGGCAAGGAGACCAACUUCAGCUUGACAUCGGGCCUGGAGGCCAAGGACGAGUGCCGCAGCGCCAUGGAGGCCCUCAAACAGAAGUCGCUUUAUAACUGCCGCUGCAAGCGGGGUAUGAAGAAGGAGAAGAACUGUCUGCGCAUCUACUGGAGCAUGUACCAGAGCCUGCAGGGAAAUGAUCUGCUUGAAGAUUCCCCGUAUGAACCAGUUAACAGCAGAUUGUCUGAUAUAUUCCGGGUAGUCCCAUUCAUACCAGAUGUUUUCCAGCAAGUGGAGCACAUCCCGAAAGGGAACAACUGCCUGGACGCCGCCAAGGCCUGCAACCUAGACGACACCUGUAAGAAGUACAGGUCCGCGUACAUCACGCCGUGCACCACCAGCAUGUCCAACGAUGUCUGCAACCGGCGCAAAUGCCACAAGGCCCUCCGGCAGUUCUUCGACAAGGUCCCGGCCAAGCAUAGCUACGGGAUGCUCUUCUGCUCCUGCCGGGACAUCGCCUGCACCGAGAGGAGACGGCAGACCAUCGUGCCGGUGUGCUCCUACGAGGAGAGGGAGAAGCCCAACUGCCUGAAUUUGCAGGACUCCUGCAAGACGAAUUACAUCUGCAGAUCUCGCCUGGCGGAUUUUUUUACCAACUGCCAGCCGGAGUCGAGGUCUGUCAGCAGCUGCCUAAAGGAGAACUACGCUGACUGCCUCCUCGCCUACUCGGGGCUUAUUGGUACAGUCAUGACCCCCAACUACAUAGACUCCAGUAGCCUCAGCGUGGCCCCCUGGUGUGACUGCAACAACAGUGGAAACGACCUGGAGGAGUGCUUGAAAUUUCUGAAUUUCUUCAAGGACAACACAUGUCUUAAAAAUGCAAUUCAAGCCUUUGGCAAUGGCUCAGAUGUGACCGUGUGGCAGCCAGCCCUCCCAGUUCAGACCACCACUGCCACCACCACCACAGCCUUCCGGGUCAAGAACAAGCCCCUGGGGCCAGCAGGCUCUGAGAAUGAAAUCCCCACUCAUGUUUUACCACCUUGUGCAAAUUUACAGGCACAGAAGCUGAAAUCCAAUAUGUCGGGAAGUCCACACCUCUGUCUUUCUGAUCGUGAUUACGAAAAGGAUGGUCUUGCUGGGGCUUCCAGCCACAUAACCACAAAAUCAAUGGCUGCCUCUCCAAGCUGCAGUCUGAGCCCACUGCUGGUCCUGGUGGUAACUGCCCUGUCCACCCUAUUAUCUUUAUCUUUGGCUGACACAUCGUAGCUGCAUUUAAAAAACAAUAUGGACAUGGAAAAAGACAAAAACCAAGUUAUCUGUUUCCUGUCCUCUUGUAUAUCUGAAAUUCCAGUUUUAGGAACUCAGUUGAGACACUGCUAAAACAGUUUCAUCCAACUGGAACUUUUUUCUUUCUUUUUUCUUUUUUUUUUUCUAAGAAAGCUUCUUGUGAUCCUUAGGGCUUAUAUGGGAUCCCCGAUACAGUGCUACAUUCCAAACUCAGAAGGCUUUGGGGCAUGCUGUAUUGUAAGGGGACAGUUUGUUGAUUUGGCUGUAAAGCAAACUGGGGCCAUGUUUUUCAAGAGGACGAUGAGGAUGGUGAUUUUAACAAUUUAACUCUGGCCUUCACUAGCUAGAGAAGGAGUUAGUAUUUCUAAAGAAUCUUCCAUAUCUCAUGUAAUAGGUUUUAUUUCUGAUGACAUGACUGCAGCGGUACAUGGAUGCCAGGGUUUUUUGGUCACAAAGUGAAGAUCCUCAUCAAGACAAUCUUGAUGGACUUUGUGCAAACAGGCUUGUACCAAUGUUCACUUUUCUAUAUGUACUAGUAUUUUCCGUGCUAAGUUUAUGUGCUGUAAACAGUUCUGCACUCUCCUACAAAAACAAAAAAUACCUGUCACAUCCCAGUGUAGUGUCUGUCUUCUAGUCAAAAUAGAGAGUGAGAGUGGGCAUGAGACUUCACAGAACCUUGACCACUGAGACAUUUUCCUAAGCCUUACCUGAGUGAGAAGCCCUUAAACUAACAAGAGUCAAAUACAGCUGAAGCACCAUUCCAAUACUCUUUACACGUAUCAGGUUAUAUGUAGAAAAAAAUUUUACUACUAAAUGAUUUCAACUACUGGCUUUCUGUAUUUUGAAAGUAAUGACAUUGUCUUCAUUUUUUUUACUGGUGGUUUAAUACAAAAUACACGGAGCUUGUUUUCCUCUCAUAAGUAGCGUUAACUCCGAUGUUCACGAAGACAGCUCUUCAAAAGCGGGCUCUGCAUCACGUGAUUGUGGACAGGCAGGAGGACACAGAGCAGCCAAGCAUUGUCUUUUAUCGUUUCUUGAAACGCAAGCGUGCAUACCUGUGAGGAAACCAGCAGCCACUUGUAAAUGUUCUACAUUGUCCAGGGUCACCCUUGCCAGUUGACACAGACCAGUACCUUGGUGUUCAUGUUACUUGACUGGGAUGGGGGUUGGGACUUGCUGCCCUUUCUUCUGAAGCAGAUCCAUGCCAGGGUACACAGUGCUUUUCCUAAGGAUUGUCUUGACUCCCAUCUGUCAUGGCUUGGCUGCUGCGUAGAGCAGUUUGGUCUGAAGGUCAUGGGGAGUCUGCUUGCACCGUGUUCUGUGUCCUCCAUGACAGACUGUGACUGAUUCUGCAACAAAGAAAAAAGGUUUGUGGAUCCAGAGGGUCACGAAUAAGGUCUGUGGAGCUGAGUUGAUUGGCACAGAGACACAGAACAGAACAGGACUCUGGAUAUAAGGCAUUUGGCUUGUUGCUGCACGUCCUCUUCUAUCGUUCUUUUCCUUAAACGAAUAGACUCAAAAGUGCACUUUUGAAGUCUGGUUGAAAUGGUGAGAUUCGAAAUCUACAAGGAUCGAGUGCUAGUAGCCAUGUUUCUUUGAAACUGAAUAGAGGCGAGGAGAUUCCACCCAACAGAGUAUUGGAAGCGUUCGCUUUCUUCCCAUAUCAAUAGAGGGGUGGAGGGGGGAGACCCACAGUGCACAUUUCAUCCUGAUUCCCUUUGCCCACGGAUGUUUGCCUUGUAAGAAUUAAUCAGAUUACUAGGGUGGGAAAUCUAUUAAACCCAGGAUGAAGGCAUAGCCUUUUAGCUCUAUUGGUGUUUGAAGUACAUUUAUAUCCAAAUGUUAAUAAACAUAAAUGUAUAUACUAAGUACCGAGUUUUUUCACUUCAAAAUGUUUUCAAGGGGAACUCAUCAAACAAAUUCAAUUAGUGAAAGGUUUCCUAAAGACUCUUCCUUUGAAUAAACACAUUAAACAUGUCGAAAUACUUGGAAUUCCAGUCAUCUGUGAAAGCAUAUCUCUUACAGAGCAUAUUUUAUUUUAAUUAAGGUAUCUCUAUGUAUCUACAUUGGACUAAUUGCAUAGAGGUCUGAUUCUAUGUAAUCUACUGUAGAAAGCUAUUGAUUACUUCUGUAUUAAACAGCAGCUCUAAUUAGCUUCAGAUGACCAAAGAGGAAAUAGGAGUUAUCAGAGCUAACAAGAGUGGCUUUCAGUGAAGAACCAUGGAUGUGCAGCACAUAAAUUAAAUUUUGAAAAGCGUCAUCUUUUCACCAACACAGAUCUCAUUUUUCUUCAGAGAUAGAAGCAUAGGAGAGUGACCAAAUCGUCCAUUUGAAAAUAAAUUACUGCUUAAGUAAACAGAGGGAAGGAUGUUCCAUGACAACUUGUUAGAGAGAUUCUUAUAAAAUCAUGCCAAGCAAGUGUUUCUGCCAUUCGGGGUGAUCUCAGUUGAACACGGUGCCCCAGAAACACCAUCAUUUGCCCCAGUACUGGAGCAGGCAAACCCUUUUACCUAUCCAGCUUCCUCUGGCAGCGCUGAAAGCAAAAACUGGUUCACUACUUCCGGUCCUGCAGGCCCUGCGUGGAAAGUGUCACCAAAAUACAAGGGCUGCCUGCUGAGGUUCGGGCCUGUUGGCGAAGGCAUCUCGUUGUAGUUGAUUCUGGCAAACAAAAACAGUAACUCACAUCCCUGGAGACCGUGGCUCCCAACUGAAGUCUGGCUAUGCUCCACCCAUUUCAGAGAAAAGAAGGCAAGAUUGCCAAACCGAUUCGAAGCACAUUUUCAGUCCCCUUGAUGUUGAAUAUUUGACCGAGAGGUGUUUGAGUAUCUUUUUAAAUAGAGCACACGAAGGAGGAAGGGCACAGUAAAGAGAGGGAAUUCAGAAUGCCACCUGAAUAUAUUUUUCCAUAUCUGGUUUUUUUCAAGCCUCUAGUAAAAAAAAAGUGUAAGUUGAGAAUGACAUAGAUUAUUUUACAUUAAGUAUAGCAAACUGUAUGCAAAGUGUGAAAGGAGCGUGGUUUUCCAUUAAAAAAUUUUUUUAAACGAUUCUUUAGUCUGUAGUAAAAAAUGUUUUAGAAGCUACUUCUUCAAGGAAAACAAAUAUAGGACAGGGCUCCUCCAGAGCCGCUGUGGCCUUUGAUCUAGUCUAUGUUAAGAUUGUUUCUAUCUUGCACAUGCUCCGAGGAUGGGUUGUCUCCAGCUGCAUCCCCAUUUCCCACCUGCCUCUUUGUACUCUGAAUCAGACACUCCCAAACACUCCAUCUGCUGAGCUAGGAAAGUGGGAGAGAGGAAGCAUUUCUAAAUCAGUGUUAAGUGCUUGGGAAAAAGACAUGUAAGAGCAGUGAGAGUUUAUAUAAUUAGCAAAUUCUGUUCUUAGAAUCCAGCAAAAAUGUAUUUCUGUUGUUAUUAUUUACAAAACAGUGGCCUCGGAGGAGCUGUCUUUUGGAAAAUAAGUUUUCAUUCAUGUCGUCAGGCAUGCACGACUUAUUUGAGUCAAUAAACUGCGGGCCAGAAAAUGACCUGCUUAAAUGAAUGCACAUUUUCUCAUUCUCUUUCAAGCUGUUCUUGAGCUCUUGGAUUCAUACCCCCGCGAUCUUUGUUGCUUCUGCUCUUUGAUAAAACAAAUGAGACCAUGUCAGACCCAUCGUUUCAAGAAAGACCGAAAAGCAAUGACAACACACAAGAGUCAGUUACCAAUGGCCUGAACAUGAUGUUGGCCAAAGUGCCUGUCUGCACUGAGUUCGGGGAGUUUGAAGAGAUGAAGCAAAAUCAAGGUACCGCAAGAGACCACGUGCCCUUGGUGAAUGGAGCAUGCAGUCUGGUCCAAACAGAAAACUCGUCCCAACAAAACACCCAGGGUUCCUUGAAUUAGACACCAGCGCCUUUGUAGGAAGCGCGCCAGAGCUGAUAUCUGGAGGGCAGAGGAAGGAGUUUCUUUUCAGAAAUUCUAAAACAGCAAAGCAGCUGGGAAUUUGGUUAGAAAUCCUUACAAGCUAUGUUUUUCGCUCAUCCCUGAGAUAAGCAUCUCGUGCGUAGAUCUGAUACCUCU